UACAUAUAUAUGUGCUUGUGCUAUUGUACCUACCGCGCAUACGCGAAGAAUCCUACGUCCAACAUAACCGAUUCGGCCUAUGCUCCAAAAUUUAAAUAUGGCGACAACCAUGGAAAUCGACGAUGAUGAGAGUGAUUUGCCAACCUCCAGCAGUGGAAAAGGCGAGAAAAAGCGUUUCGAAGUGAAAAAGUGGAAUGCAGUGGCAUUAUGGGCCUGGGAUAUCGUUGUGGACAAUUGUGCUAUAUGUCGUAAUCAUAUUAUGGAUCUCUGCAUUGAAUGUCAAGCAAACCAGGCAUCUGCCACAAGCGAAGAAUGUACAGUGGCCUGGGGUGUAUGCAACCAUGCCUUUCAUUUCCAUUGCAUCUCACGUUGGUUGAAAACACGACAAGUCUGUCCACUUGAUAAUCGUGAAUGGGAAUUUCAGAAAUAUGGUCAUUAAUUGGAUGUAUUCAGCUACGCAAAGUCAACUUUUUCAGCAUUUCACGUUAAAUAUAAUUUUCAAUUGUAUAUUAUAGAAAAUUAUUUUUUCAUAUAACAAAUGUAAUAAGAAAAAGGAAAGCAAACUUAAAUACGAAAGAAAAAACACAUGCAUAAUCGAAUUAUCAUUUUUUUUAUCAGACAAAAAUUUAAUCGACGA